GAAUGCAGAACUCGGCGGCGUCUUGUUUUAUUGUGAGUUUAAUUGAUUUGGCGGCGGCGGCAAUAGUAGGCACGUUCGCUAUUAUACAGAAACAGGUUUCAGCAUGUAUGGUGACAGGCGUUCUUUACUGUAUGGCUGGGCUGUUUUCGGUUUUUGGCCUCACAAUUUUUCACACAAAAAUGUACUAUGAGAAGUACCAGUGCUACUCUUUCGAGGAGAAUGAACUGCCCCCAGCUGCCUGUGAGGCACGUAAUGUGGAUAUUGGCUGGGCAAUGCCAUUAGCAUGGGUAGGGGUGGUUGUUUGUGUUUUUGCCUUCGGAAUGUGGAUAUUUGUCACCCGUGCCUUUCGUCUUAUCAAGUCAAAGACUAUGAUAUGAUUGUUUCAAGUACUCUAAAUAUUAUUACAUAUCAUUUUAUAUUUGAGUUGAACCAAAAGCGAGAUAACUAUUUUUAGUAUCUUAUAUUAAUAAUUAUGUACAUUUUGCCCUUUUUUAAAGUUUACAUUUUGAAAAAAAAAAAA